CGAUGGAAUACCAGAUUAGACCGAUAUUUGGACAAAACUGAAAACGACAACUGUUGUCGAAUCAAGUUUAUGUCUACCACAUCGAUCCCGCAAUCAGGGUCGUCUCCUCCUCCAUUAAACAUCUCUGCUAGAUAGAUAAACUCCGAUCUCUCUCUCUCUAUAUCCGACGACUUGUUGUUUUGUAAAGAUGCAAGCUUUCUACAUAUUCGUCGUCUCUCUGCUUCUCACCCUUAACUACAGGGGAGAAGCUAGUGGCUCUGUUUUCUUCAUCGAUGGAUCCAACAACCAGUAUCUUCGUCCACCAUCAGCCGAGGCGCUUCCCAUGUCGCUCUCUGAGAUAUCUGCAUCAGUGUCUGCCUUGUUGGGUUUUGCACCUCCAUCUACUUUGACUGCUCAUGGCUCUUCCAAGCUGAACAAGAUUCUGAAGCCUAAUCCAUUUGAGAGGCCACGUGCUGCUUUUGUGCUAGAAAUCGCCGGAGCACAUGAUGCGCUUGUGGAAGACCAUUCUUUCUUGGGAAAUGCCAUAAGAGGCAGUAUCAGUUCUGAUUCUUACAAUGCUGAUAUUGAGCUUCCAGAAAGUGGAGUGGCUGUUGUGUCUGUCAAUGAACCCUCAUCCGAUGUGACUGACAAGGACAUGACUGAGUUUGCAUCUUGGUUGGGUGGUUCGUAUGUUACUGGCUCUGCUGAACCAUUGACUGGAUUGUUGAGUAUUCCUCUAGCUGGUGCUGCUAAUGUGGAGUUCCAUUUGGAGAAGGAAGCAGAGAGGAAGUUUGCAUUGAAUCUUUUAGAUUUAUAUAAGAAUAUCAGAGGAGCAGUCAAUCUUCAUGGUAUCGAACAAGCUGCUGAAUUAACGAUUGGACGCUUUAGCGGUAUCCAUGCAUUAGCAGAGGAGUAUGGACAAGGUAUGGCUAAGCAAGGGAUGGAUGUAUUGCUUGCCACACUAUCAAAGCUUUUCGAUCUGUUGGAGACAUCUCACAAAGGCCAAAUUGUUGGAGUGAUUGUCCUUGAUGAGAGAGUAAACCAAGAAUCAGCUAAUCUGCUGAGCGUUGAGUCUUCAUCUCGUUCAUCUGCACGGUCUAUGGCUGAGGUAGAGGGAGUUCCAAGUGGAGCCAUUAUUGCUCAAGUUAUACUUGUUAGGCUGACGCUUGCAUGGUUAACUGGAAUCAUCCUUCUCAUUGCAACUCUCCUUGGGGUGUACUUCCUUAUGUACAUGCCUUUGACCAAGGACACGCUCCUGUAUUCAAACGUGAAGCUCGAUUAAGACGUAAAAUAGAGCUCAAGUGGACACCGAUGAAUCUUCAGGUUGAUCGCUUACAUCUUUUUGUGUGUAUUACUCCUUGUUUCUCACCUGGAUGCAUCUGAAACCAGUAUUAUUUGAAUGUUUUAAGAGAAGGUUUACACUUUUUGUGGCCGGACCAGUGGUUGUGUUAUCUGUAUAUUGUUGCAAUAAGGUUUCAUUCUUGAUUUAUUAUUUGUUUUCUUUUACAUACAUGCGAGUCUCAGUCCUUAUUUUAAUAAAGCACGAUUUGGACGCAUUUUAUGUAAUCUUAUGUUUCCUGUAA